GUCCAGACCAUGUUCCAUUCCAUAUGCAGAGGUGAUGCUACAAACUUUUGGGAGCAUAAAAGUCCAUUUCUCCCUCUUUAUAUGGAGCAAUAUCUGAUAUCUAUACUUGGCUCCUCUGUUCACAAGAACCAUUUGAAGCAAAUCCAUACUCUCGUCCUAAGAAAGUACCCAGGUGUCACCCCAAUCUUCGUCAGGAGACUGUUAGAUUUGUCCAUAGUCUACUAUGCUCGCCUUGUGUUCGAUCAAAUACCUCAACCGGACGAAUUUCUCUGUAGUUCUAUCAUUUCUAGCUACUCCAAAUUAUCUUUGAACAAGGAAGCUGUGGAAAUGUUCUGUUCUAUACACCGUGAUAGAACCCGGACCCCUUCUUAUGCAUUUCCACCUGUUCUCAGGUCCUGCGCUUCGUUGUUGGCGAUCAAAGAGGGAAAACAGAUCCAUUCUCUCGUGAUGAAGUAUGGGUUCAUUUCAAAUGUGUUUGUUCAGACUGCUUUGAUUGAUAUGUAUGCGAAAACCAGUGAUUUGCACUCUGCAAAACAGGUUUUUGAUGAAAUUGUAGUGAGGGAUCCUGUUGCUUUCAACUGCUUGAUAUCUGGGUACUCUAAAUCUGGGGAGGUUUUUGCAGCACGGAACUUGUUUGAUGAGAUGACUGAAAGAACGGUUGUUUCAUGGAAUUCCAUGAUUUCUUGCUACGCACGUAAUGGUUAUCUUCAUGAAGCGCUGCGAAUUUUUGAAAGGAUGCAAGCUGAGAAAUUUCUGCCAAAUGAAAUGACUCUGGUGACUAUUCUAUCUAUUUGUGCCAAGCUGGGGGACUUGGAGAUGGGUUUGAGAGUUAAGAAAUUAAUCGAUCAAAACAAGUUGUGUAUCAAUAUGAUUGUCUCAACUGCGAUAUUGGAAAUGUAUGUGAAGUGUGGGGCUGUCGAUGAAGCACGUCUAGAGUUUGAUCGGAUGGUUGAAAGGGAUGUCAUUGCAUGGAGUGCAAUGAUCACAGGAUAUGCCCAAAAUGGCAGACCAAAUGAGGCUCUGGAGCUCUUUGAUUUGAUGAGAAGUGAAAACGUCCAGCCAAAUGAUGUCACAUUAGUGAGUGCUCUAUCUUCUUGUGCUCAGUUGGGCUCAGUAGAAGCUGGGGAGCGCAUAGGCAACCUAAUAGAAAGUGAAGGCUUGAUCUUGAAUGUCUAUGUGUGCUCUGCUUUAAUAGAUAUGUAUGCUAAAUGUGGGAACAUCAGAAAAGCUCAGCAAGUCUUUGAUCGGGUGACUCAUAGAGACAUUGUUUCUUGGAAUUCCAUUAUUGGAGGGCUAGCAGUCAAUGGGUUUGCUGAGGAUGCCAUCACUCUUUAUAACAAAAUGAAAGAAACUGAGGUGAAACCAAAUGACAUAACAUUUGUGAGCUUGUUAACUGCUUGCACACAUGCAGGUCUUGUCGAACUGGGACUUGGAAUCUUUAAGAGUAUGAGAUCAGAUCACAAUAUUAUACCAAAGGUUGAGCACUGUGCUUGUAUUGUGGAUCUCUUUUGUAGGUCAGGGAGGUUACAAGAGGCAUAUGAAUUUAUAUGUCAAAUGGAAGUGGAGCCCAAUGCUGUCAUAUGGGGUAGCUUACUGAGUGCUUCUAGGGCCAGUUCCAGAGUAGAGCUUGCGGAGCAGGCAGUUGAGAAGCUACUUGUUUUAGAGCCAGAGAACUCAUCAAAUUACGUUCUUCUUUCUAACAUAUAUGCUAAUGUGGGGAGAUGGCAAGAAGCAUUAGAAGUGAGGAAAAGGAUGAUUGGUAAUAGAGUGCAGAAAACAGCUGCAUAUAGUUGGAUAGAAGUGGAUAAUAGGAUGCAUAAGUUUCUGGUUGGAGACACAUCACAUCCAGGGUCUGACGAGAUCUAUUGUGUCAUUGAUGGGUUGGGAAUGCAGUUGAACUUGGCUAGUCAUGUUCCAAAUUCUGAAUUAGAGUUAUUGAAUCUUGAUAUCUCAGUUUAAAGGCUU